UGGACUAAUUAAUUUGCUCUGGCCCAUGGCCCCCUUCCUCCGGACAUCUACAUGGACUCGAGUCCUCCUGGGAGGCUCUCUCUGGCUAUCUGUGCUCUGGGUAUUGUUGUGCCCCGCGUGCUGUUCCCGUGGUCCACCAAAAUGGCGCUUUGCUACGUCUGAAGUUGUGAUUCCCAGGAAGGUUCCCCAGAGAAUGGGUGGAAGCAAUAUGCCGGACCAGAUCACCUACAGCAUGCGCUUCAGGGGACAAAGGCACGUGGUCCACAUGAAACUCAAGAAGAACAUGAUUCCUGAAAACUUUCCUGUGUACACUACUAAUGACCAAGGAGCCGAGCAGGAAGACUACCCGUUUGUUCCCCGAGACUGUUACUUCUACAGCUACCUGGAAGGGGUCCCUGGGUCCCUAGCUACGCUAGACACCUGCAAUGGAGGUCUGAAUGGCAUGCUGCAGGUGGAUGACUUCACUUAUGAAAUCAGACCAUUGGCAUCUUCUUCCAAAUUUGAGCAUGUCAUUUCUCUGCUUGUGAUAGAAAGGUCAUAUAAGUCUAAAAAAUGUAGAAAUGAAGAGACCGUGGCAGAGGCAGAGGAAUCCCUUGAAGAGGCGAAGCUUGCUGGAAGUCCCAGGGCAGCCCCAGUGUAUCUGUGGCGUGUGCAUGUGAAAAUACUGCGAGUGCACUAUACGAUGAGUUCUUCACUAGCUAGAGCGAUCAACAACUUUACCGCCUCACUUGAGAUGAUAUUGGUUAUAAACAGCAUAGCAGAUAGCAUUUAUAAACUGACCGGAUUGGCUGUCUUUGCAGGUGCCAUAUGUAUUUGGGAAAGUGGAGACUCACUGAAUAUAAACCAGUGGAAUGAUAAUUCUAACAAUCUUGUGCAAAACUUUGGCUCUUUUAAAAAAGGUUUACAUAAUGAAGUCAAGAUCUCCAUUUCAGUUCUUCUAACAGGACAUCAGGUUGGAGGUGUAGAUUAUGCCGCCCCUAAGAAUGGAGUGUGCAAAGAUAAUUGGGGAGUAGCAUAUACAUAUGUUGCAAACCGACAUCCUUUUCUGGCUGCAACUAUCAUGUCUCAUGCCCUAGGUCACAGUCUGGGUUUAGAGCAUGAUGCAACGGGCUGUUUUUGUUUCAGAAGAAGCCGUUGUGUCAUGAAUGAAUUUCCUGCUCUUCUGGAUAUGAUGAGCAAUUGUUCCCAAGCUGAGAUACAUGAUAAGAUCCAUGGAUGGGACGAGUGCCUGAGUUUCGAUCGUCAUCAGUAUAGCAACUUUAGAUACAUAGUUCCCCGGUGUGGGGAUAAGAAGCUGGAUAACCAUGAGGAGUGUGACUGUGGCUCCUUUAAAGAGUGUGUCUAUGACAAGUGUUGUGCAACCAAUUGUCGCUUUUCUCAGGGCAGUACUUGCGAUUUAGGAGGUUGCUGUAAGGAUUGUUCAUUUGCACCCAUUGGAUUUGUGUGCAGAGACAAACUUGGCAUUUGUGAUCUGCCAGAAUACUGUGAUGGAACUUCGGAGACUUGCCCAGAAAAUUUUUACAUCCAGGAUGGAACUCCCUGCUCACCACUAGCAGUUUGCAUGUCAGGAAACUGCAGUGAUCGUGAUUUGCAGUGUCAAGCUCUUUUUGGAUACGAAGUAAGGGAUGCUUCGCCAGCGUGCUAUAAACAAUUAAAUCCCAAAGGUGACCGAUUUGGAAACUGUGGGAUGAAGUUACAAAGAGGAGGGAGCCAACCUCUCGCAUGUCAAGAUGACGGUAUUUAUUGUGGACUGCUGCAUUGUGAUGGUGUCAUCCGUGUUCCUGGUGGAGUGCUGGCCUGGUGACCUUUCUAAAGGAAAGGGGGCUUUGCACGGGAGGGGAAACAUCCAAAGGAGAACUUGAAGGUAGUAAU